AUGUCUGACAAAGUUUACAUUGUGGCGGCAGCCAGAACACCAAUUGGAUGCUUUCUAGGUGGAUUAACCUCUAAGACCUAUGUCGACCUCGGUUCAACUGCCGUUGCCGGAGCGUUGGCUCAGGUUCCAGAAAUCAAGCCAAACGAUGUGGAGGAAAUCUUCUUCGGCAACGUUCUGAGCGCGAACGUGGGCCAGGCUCCCGCUAGACAGGUGGCCCUAGCCUCUGGCUUGGGAAAGCACAUUGUUGCGACUACGGUCAACAAGGUGUGCGCUUCUGGUAUGAAAGCCAUUAUCUGCGGUGCCCAAACGAUCAAGUGUGGUAACGCAGACAUUGUCGUUGCCGGCGGUGCGGAGUCCAUGACUAACGCCCCAUACUACAUGCCAGCUGCUCGUGGAGGUGCCAAGUUCGGUCCCUCAACCUUGGUUGACGGCAUCCAGAGAGACGGUCUAAACGACGCCUACGACAACCAGGCGAUGGGUGUGCACGCUGAAAAGUGUGCCCGCGACUACCAAAUCACCCGUGAGCAGCAGGACGAGUACGCCAUUGGCUCGUACCAGAAGGCCCAGAAGGCCCAGGCUGAGGGUAAAUUCGACCGCGAGAUUGUUCCAGUCACCAUUAAGGGCUUCAGAGGAAAGCCUGACACAUACGUCCAAAAGGACGAGGAACCUUCCAAGCUCAACGUGGAGAAGCUAAAGUCUGCUAGAACCGUGUUCCAGAAGGAGAACGGUACCGUGACUGCUCCAAACGCCUCCCCAAUCAACGAUGGUGGUGCCGCUGUUGUCUUGGUGUCCGAGCGUAAGCUAAAGGAGCUCGGCCUCAAGCCCCUGGCUUUGAUCAAGGGUUGGGGUGAGGCUGCCCACGAACCUGAAGACUUCACCUGGGCUCCAAGUUUGGCCAUCCCCAAGGCCAUCAAGCACGCCGGUGUCCAACUCGACGAAAUCGACUACUUCGAGUUCAACGAGGCAUUCUCGGUCGUUGGUAUCGCCAACCCCAAGAUUCUAGGCAUUCCUCUAGAAAAAGUUAAUCCUUACGGUGGUGCUGUUGCUAUCGGUCACCCAUUGGGAUGCUCUGGUGCCAGAAUCGUUGUCACUUUGAUUUCGGUCCUAACUCAAGAGAACGCCAAGCUUGGUGCUGCCGGUAUCUGUAACGGUGGUGGAGGUGCUUCUUCCAUUAUCAUCGAAAGGGUUUAA